AAAACUUUUGUUUUCAAUGUUCACUGUUUUUACAAAACAGUUGUAUUCAGCAAAACAUUGGCCCCGAAGUGACCGCCGGAUGUGUUGUGCCGACAACUCGUGACCACCAAAAUGACCGGCAAAUCACCGCAACCACAGCCACAGCAACAGACACUACAGUUGGCCACUCUAUCGGCCACUUAUAACAUAAUAUUACAGAUAAGCCUCAGAGUUGUCACGUUUGUGGCCAAUGCGGUCAUCUUGAGGUCCAUCAGUCGGGAUGUGUUUGGAGUGAUUAAUGUCAGGCUGUUGCUGUUGUACACAACCAUCCAGUUCUUGAGCCGCGAGCCGUUCCGCCGGGUGAGCAUCGGUGCCACCAAAACGCACGACUGGCCGCUUGUGGUCAAUCUCAUCAGUCUUUCAAUCCCAUUAUCACUAGUCGUCGGUACCGUAUUGUCGCUGAUAUGGUAUUACAUACUGGAACGGCCGGACCCGCAACUGGUGGCCGAUUACGGGACGGGAGUGGCGGCCGUAUUCGUGUCGGUAGUGGUGGAGUUGUUGGCCGAACCGGUGUACGUGUGGGCGCAGACACAGGGCUUUAUCAAACUGAAAGUGGCCGCCGAAGGGCUGUUCCUAAUCACACAGGGCUUUAUCAAACUGAAAGUGGCCGCCGAAGGGCUGUUCCUAAUCGUCCGCACGUUAAUCACCGUAGCGUUUGUCGCCCAAUGGCCGCACCGGGCGAUACUGGUGUUCGCCGGCGCCCAACUUUGCGCCUCUGCCCUCUACACCGCCGUAUAUUACCUGUACUUUAUUGGCGCACAAAAGCAACGCUUCCGUCACUUUAUGCCCGAUUGGUUUGCUUCAAAACAGUCCUCUACUAUCGACCGAUCGUUGAUCGGUAUUACCGCCAGUUUCCUGAAGAACACGGCAUUGAAACAGUUCCUGACAGAAGGCGAACGCUUUGUGAUGACAUUCUUCCGGGUGUUGACGUUCGCCGAACAGGGCGUCUACGACGUGGUCAACAAUCUCGGCUCACUUCCCGCCCGACUCGUGUUCGCGCAGAUCGAGGACUCGGGGUUCGUGUUGUUCACACAGAAGAUUGACCGCCAGAGGGCGGCCACCGACCAGAGCGGCACCGAUUUGACCGAAUCGGCGGUCAUUUUACGUAAUUUCGUGCGACUCAUGUCUCUAUUGGGUCUAAUUAUACUGACGUUUGGCUUUAAUUACUCGGAGUUGGCUCUACUCAUGUACGGCGGCCGGCAAUUGGCCGCCGGUGAUGGAGGACUGGCCACCCGUUUGUUGCAGUGGCACUGCGUGUAUGUCUUGUUUCUGGCGGUCAAUGGGAUGACUGAGUGUUUCACGUUUGCGGCCAUGAAUUCG